AUGGGUCCCGCAAUUGCCGAGACGAUGUCGUCGAGUAAUCUCACGUUCAUCAACCUGUCGGGUUCGACGUCGCAGAUGAUCGGGAAGGACAAUGAUACGAAAUCCCGCGUUAGGUCUCAAGUCAUGAAGAAUGUGAGACGGAAGCAGCGUUUGGAGGACCAGAGAAAAUACGAAGAGUCGUUGCGGAGUGUUCGCGAUCAGCGUGGUCAUUCCACGUCUUCAAACGAUCUUGAGGCGAAAAGCGACCAUGAUCCCAACACCAAAACCAGCACCAGCAGUACUUCUAGUACUAGAAGUCGAUCGACAGAAUCCUCCAGAGAGUCCAGCAUUAACGAAGUCUAUGGGCUCAGUGUUGCGUCGAAGAACUCGAUGACUCCUCCGGAGACACUGGGGUUUCCAACGAUGGACAGUACUUGGCUGUUGACACCAGAGAUUACUUCAAAGCCGGAUCAGUUCACUGUCGAUCACCGCCUCCAGCAGCCUGAGAUCCAAAAGGCAGUGAUUGAAACCAGCAGGCGCUUUCUCCCCAUUCCAAUCUUCGGCUCCCAACUUGGCGACUCAGUCUCGUCCGGUCUACCACCGCAAGAGUUCUCCAAACUCGUCUCAACAUUAGAAACAUAUUCCAAAUUCCUCGCCGAGCCACUGACACUUAUGUGCAACUCUCCACCACGGGUCAUGGGCUCGAAGCGGACCGUGCUACAACAAUGCUUUGAGAACCAUGCGUUCGAUGAAUUGAUUCUCUUCACGAUCCGACUGAGUCACCUUGGCCACACCACUGCCAUCAGCUAUCGACCCGAGAAUGUUCCAGUGUGUGUUCGUGCCAAAGCGAAGGCUUUGGCGCAGAUCCAGCAGCAUGUGUCGGUCACGACGGAGAUGCCGCCGAAUGCGCUACUCGGGAGCAUUAUGUUUCUUUUAUCGUUUGAGAUCAUUCGAGGCGGUGAGUCUGUGGCGAUCCAUCUCGAAGGUCUGGCUCGACUCGUCAGUAUGCGUGGAGGACUCGCGGGCCUCCCUGACCCACCAUAUGCACUCGUUCCUGGUCUCAUAGCCUGCGACCUAACCCUCGCCGCCACAACACCACGCAUGACCCCAACCUUCAUGGAAAUGACACCACCCCGCCUGACGGCCCCACAACGAUACGAUUCCAAAACCCUCGACUUCUACCAAAGCUCCCCACUGAUGCGUUUCGAAGACUUCCAGGGCGUGCGACGCCUAUACAAAGGCGUGCCCGACGUUUUCACCGACAUCCUGGAGGACGCAUUCGACGGCACGAAGCGGGUUCUCGGCGCCGAUGAUAUCUGGCCUAAGCUCUCGCCUGGAGAAGCCGGUAUGGACUGGACGGCUGAGUAUGAGACUGGUACACAUGACUUCCGAGAUGCGAGAGUCGAGCUACCCUUCGUGGUUGCCGAGGCGUGCAGUGUGGCUGGAACGAUCUACUACCGCGCGACGAGACGGAGGAUCCCAUUUGAGGAUCCGGUGAACCUGGACGAUAGCAAGCGGCUGGGUGCGUUCUUGAAUAGUGCUAGUCUGGAUGUGUGGCGUGGUAUCCCUUAUAUUUAUCUUUGGGUAAUCCUUACCGGAGCGGCAGCCGCACAAGGUCAUCCCGAACGACAGUAUCUGCUGGCAAGGCUGAUCCAGUUUGGGUUCAGCGUCGGGUUGGAACAGGCAGAGGACUUUAAGCCAGCCAACAACAACAUAUCCUCGACUGUAACCGCAUCGGCGCCUCAGGCAAUAUCACGACGCCUGCGGUCCCAACCCGCCCCUCCGAGCCUCGAACACUUCAUCCAACGGCAGCGAGUCUUGUCACUGUGGCGGACGAUUCUGCGGAGUGUGUACAAGAUCCCCGCCGACCGCCGAAAUGAGACGGUGAGCUAUGCGCGGCGGGAGUUUGAAAGGAACAAAGGCGUCUCGGAUCUCGGGCAAAUACGGUAUUUGAUCUCGACGGGGAAGACCGAGUUUGAUGGCAUGCGACGGUAUAUUGACGAGCUUGCUGCGCGAUGA